GAGAGAGAAAGACAGUUGUUGAACAGUUUUUAACAAAUUCAUUUCUUUCAAAAUGAAGGAGAAACAAGAGAUAUAUAUAUAUAUAUGUAUAGAGAGAGAGAUUGUCAUUUUUUUCACUUUCAGUUUCAUUUACUUAGCUAGCAAAUGCAGCUAGCUAGUUUAGCCUACUGAAACAUCCUGCUCAAACGGAAUGAUGCUAUGUUAGCUAGCAGGAAGUCAAGAUAAGCUUUUGGUAUUACUAAUUUAUUGCCACCGGGGCCCGUCGGUGUAACUGCUUACUGACUGCACACUAACAUUAUUGCGUGAUUGCAGCCGGUUUACUAACGCGUUAGUUAUAUUACCUAUGCUGACUAGGAUGUCACUUUAGCUAAUAUGGUGACAUCAAUGUAGGCUGUUUGUAGAGGUUUGGCUUGGAAAGUUUUUUUGUCUGGUCACAUAGCUGAUUUGUCCAGAAGUCCACAAGCAAAGGGAAGAGAAGGAAUACAACGUGGCUGUCAUGAGCGUGAACUCUGUUUACGCGUGAUCAGGAGUGUAUUCAUUCUGCCGAUUCUGUUGAAAAAUCUUUCUUAAACAGAAGAAAACGGAAGAAAACGGGGAUAAACAUACUAACCUCAUGAUGGGUCUAGGGAAAAUGCUUGAUCUCCUCUCCUCUCUACUCUUUCGGCUGGUGCAAAAAGCUCAAUACACUCAGGCAUAGGAAAGGCAGCUAGCGAUCACUGGAAGGACAGCCUGACUCACUGAGAGGAGGUAAUAAUACACAAAACAUGGCCGCCAAAAACAUCUCUGUCUAGACUUGAGGGCCAUGCCCUGACAGCUAAACUACUCAAUGACUGUAAACAAACCUCUGGGAUGAGAACAUUUUAGUAUGUUGGCUUGUGUAUGGUCAAUGAAAUGACACUUGUACUUCGGGCAGCUAAGCGAAAAUGGAGGAAAACUGAACUUCUGGACGACCUAUUAUCCUUUCACGUCCUCCUGCCUUUUCUUCCUCUGUAUCCUCUGCUAAAGCCACUUUAUUUCACUCUAAAUGUCAAGCUUCUGCCUGUAACCCUAGGAAACUCUUUACCACCUCCUCAACCCUUAAUCCUCUACCCCCUCCCUUCUCCCUCUGCGGACAACUUUGUCAACCAUUUUGAAAAGAAGAUUGACGACAUCCGCUCCUCAUUCACUCUGCCUAUUGUGUCGACUGGUCCCACUCACACAGAACUAACCUACGCCUUGACCUCUUUCUCCCCUUUCUCUCUGGAUCAAAUCUUACUAGUGAGGUCUGGCUGACAGAGCCUGUCCAUCAGAGCCUGUCCAUCAGAGCCUGCCCAUCAGAGCCCUGCCCAUCAGAGCCUGUCCAUCAGAGCCAUGCCCAUCAGAGCCCUGCCCAUCAGAGCCUGUCCAUCAGAGCCUGUCCAUCAGAGCCUGCCCAUCAGAGCCCUGCCCAUCAGAGCCUGCCCAUCAGAGCCAUGCCCAUCAGAGCCCUGCCCAUCAGAGCCCUGCCCAUCAGAGCCUGUCCAUCAGAGCCUGUCCAUCAGAGCCUGCCCAUCAGAGCCUGCCCAUCAGAGCCUGCCCAUCAGAGCCCUGCCCAUCAGAGCCUGCCCAUCAGAGCCUGCCCAUCAGAGCCUGUCCAUCAGAGCCUGUCCAUCAGAGCCUGUCCAUCAGAGCCUGUCCAUCAGAGCCUGUCCAUCAGAGCCUGCCCAUCAGAGCCUGCCCAUCAGAGCCUGCCCAUCAGAGCCUGCCCAUCAGAGCCUGUCCAUCAGAGCCUGUCCAUCGGAGCCUGCCCAUCAGAGCCUGCCCAUCUUCCAAAAAUCUCUGAAACGCUACAUCUUCAAAGAGUAUCUUAAACAAUCCCACAGCACCCUACCUCACACCCUACCUCACACCCUACCUCACACCCUACCUCACACCCACUCCUCACCCCUGUUAUUGAUGAGCUAUAACCUUCGGGGAAACAAAACUCUCUUUGUCACCAAAUCCUAACUUCCCAACACAUCUCUCAUGUACUGCAUGCCAUCGACAUCGACUAGGACAGUAAUCAGUAAUGCUAGUGAACUGGGCUAGUCCAGGGUAAAAGUCCAGGGUUAAAUCAGUCCAGGGUUAAAUCUUGAUCAACCAGAGACAGACACUCGUCAUCGCUGACUGGAUACAAUUACUUCUCCCUGUAAUAGACUCAAUGAACUCUCAUUAUUUUGAAUCAAGUCAAUUGUUACCUGGUCUA